ACAAUGUCAUUCAAAUCUUGCGGCUACGUGAAAGUCAUUGAUCCCACUAUAUUGCCCUCCGCAGCGAACGCCCUAUAUGACAGUGUACAUUUUAUACUGUUUGUCCAUGUCCUUUGGAAUGCAUCGAUAAUGGGAUCUUCACCGAGAAAGGCGGGAACCGAAAACCCCAGAGAUCAACAUAAAUAUACGGUGAUAUCCUGUGUACUACAUGUACUGCUCUUACCUAUAGUACCCCCUGCCAUCUGUACUUAAGCUACGCUGCAUCUUCCACCAGCUCUGGGUAUCGUACUCUUUCAAGUGCCGAUAGUUCCCAGUUGCUGUCCUAUCACCUUUUCAAAUUGGGACUGCCCACCGAUUGAAAUGUCUAACAAACGGAGUUUUGACGAGGCUGCCCUUGAAGGCUACGACAAUAACGAAUUGUUGAUACCCAAUGCUGGAGAUACUGUUGACGACGCGUUACUCUUCGAAAACAUACAGCUUAGCCCCCAGAACCCUGAACUAAUCGAACAGAUAAUCUCGCAGCAGGUUGAGACUGCUGAGAUACCUUCUGCUACAAUUGUUCCUGAGGAAAUCUCAACAACCACCAUCCCCAGACCUCUAGUUGAAGAUCGCGAUGGCGCUAUAAAUACUGCUUUGGGAGCUGCCGAUUCCUCAAGGGCUACGUCGGAGGCCACACAAGGAUCGGAAGAUGCUACAGCUCAACAAACUGCGCAGAAGCCACCAAAGAAGAAAGCCCGGAAGAAUCAUGUACCUACGCUAAGUAGAGGUAAAAAGGAUUGGAGAGAUGCAUACCUCACUAAUCACCACAAAAGAAAAGAUAACAUGAUGGCCGAAUGGGCAGAGGCAAAGGAGAAGCAUGAGAAAGCGAUGGAAGCAAAAUACCGAAAGGGCCCGGUCCCUUCAGAGGAGCAAUUCAAAAAGCGUGAGCCUCUCACAAGAGCGCCUACAGCUUGUGAUUUCUGCAGACUAUUCAAGUCGAGAUGCAACAGUGAUAAGGACACGGAAUGUUCAAACUGUGUCAAGACAAACUCAUGGUGCGGCGAAACGAAUGCAUCGACUGAAGUCACUCAUUAUCGUGGAUUAAGCAAGGACCAGGAAGAAAGAAUCCAAACACUGCAAGAGGAGCUUGAGGGGCUUAAAAGGCGCGAACAGAAAUACAGGAAUGAAAUCGAGGAGCUGAAAAAACAACUCGAUGAUUGGAAAACAUGGGUCACCAAAGAUGCAUGGCCAAAACAUGGCCUAAAACCUCCUAGUGCUCGUCUCCCCAACUUUCCUGCAAGAGACAAUUUCCGAGCAAAUUAUUCUCGGGGAAAUAAUCAGUUUCCCCCUCUGCCGACCUUAGCUACCCCCUAUGGCUCUUGGCAAACCCUUGGAGGCACAGAGUACCGCAGGAACUACGGCGGGAAAGGCACUGCGCAAGUUCCGGCAGCUGGGAGCUUGGGCCCCAAUCAAUCGAACCAUCACCCUGGCCUAGGCACUGUUGCUAGUGGCUCGUCACAAACGGCUCCUGGCUAUCCUCCGCAGCAGAAUGGUGUAGGGCCUGCUUCACUGACUAAUUACUCCCAAUUUGGCCGUCUUCAACCAGAUACUCACCUCCACCAAGACACAGCUGUCAAUUCUUACUGUGAGCAGAUUCCUCAACCCCUCGACGACCAGAUGGAUGGAAUGCCUCACGGACUUCCCACCCUGCCCUAUAGUUUCUUCAAUACUCCACUGGGCCAAGGGAUUCCGCCUAUGUCAUCCUUGGCUUCGCAAUAUUCUGCGCCGUUACAGACCCAACAGCUCCAUAGCAACCAGAUGGAUUACUAUGCUUCUUCCCCUGCACAGGUCAUUGCCCAGGGGGCUCAUCAGGUUAAAACUGACUCAUCCUACGUCUAUGAAAACCCGCAGACUGAGGAGGUCUCUUCUAAUUUGCAACAGCCAGCAGAAGACACCGAAUUAUAUGAGGAGUGAGUCUGGACUAGAGUGAUGUGGUGUCUCUCUCGCAUUAUCUAGAGCCGGGGG